AUGGAACCGCCGCCCAAGCUACAUAUACUGACAGAGAAUCAAUCUCAAGAUGAUUUCUAUCGAUUUAUGAGAGUAGAUAGUGAUGUUGAACCUUCAGCAGCCAAAUCUAAUUCAUCUCAAGAUAUCAUAAGCGAUUACAAUAGACCCAUGGAAACUGAAAAUAAAAGAGAUUUGUAUUCGUUAGAUUCAGUUCCACAUGAAAGAUAUGAUAAUGAUCCAAAAAAUCCCAACACAACUGAAUUUAGAAAUUACAAGUUGAGUGCUAGAAUUUUCUUCACCAUCUCCAUAGUUUCUGCCAUUCUCAUCUUGAUUUUCGAAAUUUACAUGUAUGCUGUGAUAAAUGUUCAUAAACUUAAGUUUGGGUCAAAUGUAAAGUAUAAAGAGAUAUCUAUUUACUUGGCUUUAUUCAUUUUUGCAUCGAUUUUCCAGGUUUUCAUUACUUGGGUAGGAUUGAGAUCGAAAAAUAUGUUACUACUAUUGACAUUAUGCCUCUUUUAUGCAUGUAUGUUGAUAUAUACUGGGAUCCAAUAUCAGGAAAUAAGUGAAUUUGUUAGUAUCAUACUAUCGGGAAACUGGAAAAUCGCUACAAGAGCUAUGAAUAUUGCCACUAUCGUUGUUCUUGCAGUCACUAUGGUUCUUCAAGUUUAUUUGAUCUUAGGACAUUUGAAUAGUUAUGUCAAUUGGUUUAGUUUUAAGACCAUUGGUGGUGAUAUUAUGACCAAACGAUUAUAUCAGGUGUUCCAGAUUCACAGAAGUUUAUUGAUAUUUGGGUUCUUUUUCUUCCUUGGUUUCACCAUCCAAUUCCUUAUUAUCAUGAGUAGUAAUUUGCAAAAAGUUGAAUUCAUUUUAACCGUGAUUGUGUUACCAUUGACGAUAAUACUAUUGGUAGCUAGUGAUUAUUUCAUAGCCAAAGAAAUAUUGAUCUGUUCUAUAUUAUGUUUAGUUAUUUAUUUCGGAGGUCUUGCUUAUGUUCUUUUCAAAAUGAUAAGAUUAUACACAAAAUAUACCUCAGCAUAUUCAAUUUCAGUAACUCCAGGAUCAUAUUUCCCUGGUAGAAAUUCCUUAAUCACUUUCGGUGUUAUCACUUUAUUAUUCUUAUUAGGGAUUGUGAUAACGGAAAUAAUAUUAAUGAUCAAUUUCAACAAAGGAUUAAAGCAUAUUGUUGGUAAUCCUAAUUACAGAAUCUUCUCAAGAUCUAAACAAAUCGUAGAGAAAGAAUCAAACGAUGACGAAUUAAGUAUAAAUUAA